CGCGAGCCGCCUGCCUCCCCGGCCCCGCCGGCCUCCGCGGGUGGCGCGGCACUGGGCACCCGGCUCGCUCCGAGCCAGCAGCCGAGCCCGCCAGCCCGCCGAGGCCAUGGGCUGCGACGGCCGCGUGUCCGAGCUGCUCCGCCGCCACCUGCAGCCCACGCUCACCUACUGGAGCGUCUUCUUCAGCUUCGGCCUGUGCAUCGCCUUUCUUGGGCCCACGCUGCUGGACCUGCGCUGCCAGACGCACAGCUCGCUGCCCCAGAUCUCCUGGGUCUUCUUCUCACAGCAGCUCUGCCUCCUACUGGGCAGCGCUCUCGGGGGCAUCUUCAAGAGGACCCUGGCGCAGUCGUUAUGGGCCCUCUUCACAUCCACACUGGCCAUCUCCCUGGUGUUUGCCGUCAUCCCCUUCUGCCAAGAUGUGAAGGUGCUGGCUUUGGUCAUGGCGCUGGCGGGGCUGGCCAUGGGCUGUAUUGACACAGUGGCCAACAUGCAGCUGGUGAGGAUCUACCAGAAGGACUCAGCCAUCUUCCUCCAGGUGCUCCAUUUCUUUGUGGGCUUUGGUGCUCUGCUGAGCCCCCUGAUCGCCGACCCCUUCCUGUCUGAGGCCAGCUGCUUUCCUGUCAACAGCACAGCUAAUGCCUCUUCUAGAAAUCACCUGUUCCACGCCGCCCGGGUCCUAGGCCAGCACCAUGUGGGAGUCCUGCCUCAGACCAACCAGACCCUCCCUGGAUCAGCCCCGAAGGGUGGGGCUGAGACCCACGUGUCUUAUGCCUUCUGGAUCAUGGCCCUCAUCAAUCUUCCAGUGCCCAUGGCUGUGCUGUUUCUGCUGUCCAAGGAACGGUUGCUGACCUGCUAUGCUCAGCGCAGGCCCCUCCUGCUGUCUGCAGAUGAGCUCGCCCUGGAGACCCGCCCUUCUGAGAAGGAAGACACCUCCCUGUCCUCAAAGUUCCAGCCACACUCAGGGCAUGAGGACCUCUUCAGCUGCUGCCAGAGGAAGAACUUCCAGGGAGCCCCUUGUACUUUCUUCACCAUCCACAUCACAGCUGCCCUGGUCCUGUUCAUGACGGAUGGGAUGACGGGGGCGUAUUCUGCCUUUGUGUACAGCUAUGCCGUGGAGAAGCCAUUGUCUGUUGGCCACAAGGUGGCCGGUUACCUCCCCAGCCUCUUCUGGGGCUUCAUCACGCUGGGCCGGCUCAUCUCCAUUCCUGUCUCCUCCAGAAUGAGGCCAGCCACCAUGGUCUUCAUCAAUCUGGUAGGCGUGGUGGUGACAUUCCUGGUGCUGCUUAUUUUUUCCUAUAAUGUCAUCUUCCUGUUCGUGGGGACAGCGAGCUUGGGCCUGUUUCUCAGCAGCACCUUCCCCAGCAUGCUGGCCUACACGGAGGACAUCCUGCAGUACAGAGGCUGUGCAACCACAGUGCUGGUGACAGGGGCAGGCAUUGGUGAGAUGGCCCUGCAGAUGCUGGUUGGUUUGAUAUUCCAGGCCCAGGGCAGCUAUAGUUUCCUGGUCUGUGGUGUGAUCUUUGGCUGCCUGGCUUUUACCUUCUAUGUCUUGCUCCUGUUUUCCCACAGGAUGCACCCUGGACUCCCAUCAGUUCCUACCCAAGACAAACCACUUGGAAUGGAGAACUCUGAGUGCUACCAGAGGUGAAAACGGCUGCGAGGACUCCAGCCUCCGAGCACCAACGCAACCACACUGCUGCAGGAAGCCAGAGCUCAUGGGGAGGCCUCUCUCACUGCCUUUGCUUGACUCUUCUCGACUCAUUCUCGGUUGGGUAGAAGACAUUAAAUUGAGUCUGGGUACCCGGGUCUUUCCCUGGCAAAUCAUUAGAUGCCUGCCUACCUGCUGAUUCCAACUGCCUUUGGCUCCCUGGUUUGGCUUUGGAAAAAGCUGUCCAGGAUACCGAGCUGGAAGGGCAAAAGGCAGCUGUGCAUGGACCACACCCUAGGUUUGAGAUCACUCUUAAUUGAAGUUUGAAAAAAUAAGUUGAAAUUACAAAGCUUAAUAAUGAUCAUUGCUAUAUGUAGAUAUAUUUCAAAUCAAUCAAAACAAACCCCAAGUUACUCCCUGGCAUGUUCAAAAAUCUAUGUGUUUUUUUUACUAAGAGUCCGGAAUCCCUCCCAUUCCCACUGUGGAGAUCCAGCAGCUCAUUCGUUUUGGAGGACAUCAAAACAAGAGGCUGGGCUGUCCUUUCUGAGACACCACUGCAGUGGUGUCCCUGGCUAGCUCAGGCCAGCUUAGAAAAGCUGACUGGUCAGUUUUCAUUUUGAGAACUGGUUGUCUAAUGCAGCCAUAAUUAAACUUAAUUAACUUAUAAUUAAAUUAUAUUAAAUAGCCAGAAUGUAAUUACUUCCUAAUUUCAUUAUAGUGACACCCUUGGAGUUGUGUGUGGCACCUAGGAGUGGCAUGCUGCUGGACCUCUGUUCCCAGGCCUCUUGAAAAGCAUGCUGGUAGCUUGAAACCCACUGUGGUGGGAGUACUGAUAUCACAGAAACUGGCAAGGGCUACAAAUCAUAUGCUGAUGGUCCUAGAAAUCAUCUAGAACGAGAUGGCUGCUCUGCUUUCUUGACUGACACAGAGUAGCAUAUAAAAGGUAUAACCAGUACUAAGAAUUUCCAAAAUUACCUGCUUCAAGUUUUACAUCUUUUAUAGGGGCAAAAUAUUUUUAUCGCGUCAAGGUCUGAGACUAUUCAACAAUUCAAGGUAUACCCUAUACCAGAAGUAGCCAGGACUUUCAGCUCCCAUGUAGUGAUGAGGGUGGUUACGGAAGGCAGAUGCCCCAGCUCAGACAGGACUAGAGGGCUGAGGCUUAGGAAGCAGGGGAGUGACUUGGAGCCAUAGACAGCAGUUACAGUAAUUGGGUGACCUGCACUUUAUGUAUAUACCAGUGUACAUGUAUGCAUCAAAACCUGAGAUCGUGGUUCCUAUCAACCUCGCCUGAUACCAAAAUGUUUUUCCUGGAUCUGUGUUAAACUAGCCCUUGCUGACCACACCACCAGACCGUUGCGAGGAUAAUCUGGCUCAGGAGGCUGGCUCUGGGCAGUUUGGUUUGGCUCUGGGCAGAUCUGUGAGGCUCCCAACCUCACUUUUGUUUUUUCAACCAGUAAAGUAAUAUUUCUAAAAGCACCCUACCUCACAGGAAUUGUAAGAGAAUUAAGUGAAUUUGUAUAAACUACUUACUAUAUUCCUGACCUAGAAAUUAAUUAGUAAACUUUAGUAACUUUUAUUUUUAAAACCUCCUCAGAAGUUUAGAAAUUGUUCAUAUGUUUGAUACAUAUUUAUUAUAUGUAAACAGAUCCAACCUGUUAGGAAAGCUGGUUAGUGACCUAGGGGUAUAGAUUUAACUAUAUAAAUACUUUUAAAAAUAUUAAAUGCUAAUCAAAUUUUAAAAUGCAAUCUAAUGGUAGCAACUGGCCUGGGCGUAGAGAAAGCAGUUGUAUUCAACUUGCAGUUUUUCAAGAAAAUACCCUUUUUAUACAGAUUUAGAAAGAAAAUCAAUGGUAUAUCUAAGUUGAUCAUAAUUUGUUAAUACAGAAAAUACCAAAACAAAUCUAAGAGUACCUUUCCUAAAAUAAAGUAUUUUACAUCUA